AUGGCUGCUCGAUCCGUUGUACUUUUCGUCUUUGUUUGUCUCCCUGUUUUUCUCUUGGGACCCGUUGGCGAACAGCAGGAAUGGCAGUUGCCAUCCGUCCAGAUGGCCGCCGCACGCCGGUCCUCUCCCCCGCGUCCUAUCUUGAGUCCGAGCAGCUCAGAAGAACAACUGUUCUCCCCUGAACCUUCAGAAGAAGGCGAAGGGGAGCGGGCAAGAAAACGCACGAAGUCCUCCUCCAGCACAGGACGGCGUUCUGGGGUUUUUGAGUGGCCAGUGGAGUCAAUGCAACAGCCAGAGCAGCCACGGCCCGAGCAGCCUAAAGAACCGAAACCCCAGAAGUUUUCGACCCAAAAAGAAGAGGAAGAACUCGUGAGGACCGAACUCGGGGAAACAGCACAAGCAGCAGCAGCAGCAGCGGAGGCCGGCGUUCUUCAGACACUGCGAAACAUCUUCACCCCCCAGUUGGCCAGCGCACAAACACUCACAGUGGGAGUACCCGGCAAACUCCUGCGACUCGGCCGCAAGCGGGAAAGCAAUGUUUCAGAAGCGGACGUCGUGUUAUCACCAGAUGGAGAAAGCCAAGCAAAAAAACUAGAUCUAAAGCUUUACAAUUUAAUAGAAGCAAUCAAUGAGUGUGAAAUGCAGAAACUGAAUCGUGCCGUUCCUUCCUUCUGUCUGGAGGCCUUCGUGAGCUCUCCCCACACGUGCAGUAUACAGACAGCUACUUUGGGGACAUCUGCUUCUGGGAAGUGGUUUUUAUGCAGAGGUCCGAAAGAAACGGUGACAAGGAACACAAGGCCGACUUGGUUGCUGGACCCCAUGAUAAGAGAUAGGACAAAAACAAUAGCUACCGCAGGAACUGAGACGAGCGCGUUGCAAACGAAGCUCCUGGACCUGCACACGAAAGGUAGUAUGGGCAGCGCUGCCUUGGACUUCGACUUGUUGCCUGCUCAAGAUGCCUGGUGGCUGCCCUAUUCGACAGAACAGCUACAAGCGAUACUUAGAGGCAGCCCUGAAAAGGAACGCCCAAGCAGCAGCAGCAGCACUGGCAGUGCUAGUGGCAGUAAUCCUUUUAUUGUGGGCGACGCAGAGGCCUGGCCCCACCGCAUUGGUGCCACGUCCCUCAAGGCGACAGACGAACGCAUGCAGUCAUCUUUACAAAACAGAAACGGCAAAGGCUACUUGACUUUGCUGGGGGAAAAGGGUCUCAGGACGUCCUACGAGGGAUCUUUACAAAACAGAAGUAUCCCCCCUCCCAAUUCGCCUCUACCUAAAGAGUCGCUAGACGUGCUACAGCUCCGCAACGAGGUAUUUCUCAGGGCACUCUGCUUGGCCAAAAACUUCUCCUCUGGUCUCUUUUUCUCGCAUCCGCGGUUCCUGAGCGCGUUGCUUGGUAGCGCGAAAGUCAAGGCAGGAGACAUAAAUGCAGCAGUGCUGACUUGCGCAGACGGCAAAGGCUACUUGACUGUGCUGGGGGAAAAGGGUCUCAGGACGUCCUACGAGGCGGAGAGGAAAUCCUCUUCUUCCUCCGAAGCAUCCGACAUUGAGGCGUAA